AUGGCUGCUAAAAUAGCGUAUGAGAACAAAGCCUUCAUUAAAAACACAGUGGAAAAUCAUUGGAAGAUGGAACUAAUUGAGUUCAACAACUUUUGGAAUGUUUGUCAAAAGAAAGCCACCACACAAGCCUUCCUGCUUCAUGAUAAAAAUACCGAUCCUGAUGAUCAAUUGAUCGUCGUGGCCUUCAGAGGUACCGAGCCCUUUGAUGCAGAUGCGUGGAGCACUGACUUCGAUAUUUCCUGGUUCGAGUACGGGCGUCUUGGAAAAGUGCAUGGUGGGUUCAUGAAAGCCCUAGGCUUAACAGAAAAGGAUGGUUUGCCUAAAGAACUCAAACAAGAUAAUCACCACCCAUUAGCUUAUUACACCAUCAGAAGGCACUUGAGAAAUCUUGUGCAGCUCGACAAUAACACAAAAUUUAUAGUGACGGGUCACAGCUUGGGAGGGGCACUGGAAAUUCUGUUUACAGCGAUUUUGGCAUUGCACGACGAAGAAUUAUUGUUGAAAAGAUUGGAAGGGGUUUAUACGUUCGGGCAGCCAAGGGUUGGGGAUGAGGUAUUUCAAAAGUUCAUGAAGAAACAAUUGAAAGUUCACGACAUUAAGUAUCAUAGGAUUGUUUAUGGUAACGAUCUGGUUCCUAGGGUGCCCUCAGAUAGCCCUACAUUCUUGUUCAAGCACUUUGGGAAGUGCCUUUACUAUAACAGCUUCUAUAAACAAAAGGCGCUUGAAGAAGAGCCAAACAAGAACUACUUUGAUCCGAGGGCGGCAAUGUCCAAGCACCUAACUGCAAUUUGGGAGCUCAUAAGAAGCUUCAUAAUCCCAUACGCAAAGGGGCCUGAGUACAAAGAAAGUUGGUUACUCAAAGCCAUUAGGGUAUUUGGAGUCAUAAUACCAGGUGUUGCAUCUCAUAAUCCCCAAGAUUAUGUUAAUGCAACCUGUCUGGGAUAA